ACGACGACAAGAUCACGUGACAUUGUCACGUCUUUUGGGUCUUUCAUAUAUUAUGAUAUGGAAAUUAUCGUUUUAGUAUGGUGGUAAUUUAGCAAAAUAUUUCAAGUUCUCUACAUGUAUUUCUGUUUGUGUUUUUGUUAUGGAUUACGAUUUUAAAACAAAGCUCACUGCCCAGCGGGAAAGAGUAGAAGAUUUAUUUGAGUAUGAAGGUUGUAAAGUGGGUCGAGGAACCUAUGGGCAUGUUUACAAAGCCAGGAGGAAAGAUGGGAAAGAUGAAAAGGAGUAUGCUCUCAAACAGAUUGAAGGUACAGGGAUAUCCAUGUCUGCCUGCAGAGAAAUUGCACUUCUUAGAGAGUUGAAGCAUCCGAAUGUGAUAGCAUUACAGAGGGUUUUCCUUUCUCACAGUGACAGAAAAGUGUGGCUUCUUUUUGAUUACGCAGAACAUGAUUUAUGGCAUAUCAUCAAGUUCCACCGUGCAUCAAAAGCAAAUAAGAAACCCAUGCAGCUUCCAAGAUCUAUGGUGAAAUCCCUACUUUACCAGAUCCUUGAUGGAAUUCAUUACUUGCAUGCCAACUGGGUACUCCAUAGAGAUUUGAAACCAGCAAAUAUUCUUGUAAUGGGCGAAGGUCUUGAAAGAGGAAGAGUUAAAAUAGCUGACAUGGGAUUUGCAAGAUUAUUUAAUUCCCCUUUAAAGCCUUUGGCAGAUUUAGACCCAGUAGUAGUAACAUUUUGGUACCGAGCUCCAGAACUGCUUUUGGGAGCAAGGCAUUACACUAAAGCAAUUGAUAUAUGGGCAAUUGGGUGCAUUUUUGCUGAAUUAUUAACUUCAGAGCCUAUAUUUCACUGCCGUCAAGAAGAUAUUAAAACAAGUAACCCUUUUCACCAUGACCAGUUAGACCGGAUUUUCAGUGUAAUGGGCUUUCCUGCAGAUAAAGAUUGGGAAGAUAUUAGAAAAAUGCCAGAAUAUCCAACUCUUCAGAAGGAUUUCAGGAGAACAACGUAUGCUAACAGCAGCCUUAUAAAGUAUAUGGAGAAGCAUAAGGUCAAACCUGACAGUAAAGUUUUCUUGUUGCUGCAAAAACUCCUUACUAUGGAUCCCACAAAGAGGAUUACUUCUGAGCAAGCAUUACAGGAUCCUUACUUUCAGGAAGACCCACUGCCAACAUCAGACGUAUUUGCUGGCUGUCAAAUUCCAUACCCCAAACGAGAAUUCCUGAAUGAGGAUGAGCCAGAGGAGAAAGGGGACAAGAACCAUCAACCGCAGCAGAACCAACAGCACCAGCAGCAAACAGCACCUCAACAGCAGCAGCAAGUGGCACAACAACAGAACAGCACCCAUACGAAUGGCACAGCUGGCGGAGGGCCUGGAGGCACUGCAGGAGGUAUUCAGCAUGGACAGGACUCUGGUCACAAUCAAGGGCCUCCAAAUAAGAAAGCUCGCAUUGGACCCAAUGCCACCAAUGCUGGUGGUCCUGUGAUGGCUUCAGAGUACCAGACUAUGCAGCAAAGAGAAGAUUAUCUGUGUUUGCCCAGAUGUUAUUAUGUACCAAUGUGGCAAGAACGGGUCUGGUGCACUACACCUGCUUUGUCACCAGACUGAAGAACCAGAGGACCACCGAGAUGAAAUUAAAUGAGACAUCGCUGGUAAAUUCCACAUGCGUAGACCUUCACGUUGAACUCUGCAACUUCAAACGAGCAGUUCAUGUUUCUACUUUUUCAACACCUAGAAGCAUGAGAUAUUGUAAUUAUAAAAUGUCUGGUAAUCAGAAUAACCAGAUUUUUUUUUUUUUAUAUUUUGUGUGUACUAUGUCCUUGGAUUUCAACCAUCAUUCCACAUUACUACAGAGUAUUUUGUUUACAUUUUCUUUAGAGACUGUUGACGGUUAAUCUCAACCAUGAAAGCCAAUAGCGUCAGCUACUUUUUGUUGCAUUUUCCUGCAUUUAGUGCAAUGGACUGUUAACAAAAUAAUUUAGGUUGGUAGCCUGACAUGGAUUGUGCAUAAAAGCAUACACUGGAUUCUGUUUUAAGAUGAUGUUCUUUGUAAUGUGUAUUGUUUUGUGUUGAUUGUUAAAUAAAUACCUGCAACCUUUAA